GUCGUUCGCUCGUCUUCCCGCUUCUGCGCACCUCGAACCCGGCCCGAAACCUUCAGUUUUGCCCCCAACACUGUUAGCCCGCGGAAGACUACAGUAUGUCGGAGCUCGGAGCGGGUGGACUGAAGAAAGAUGCCUUCGCAGAUGCCGUGCAGCGAGCAAGACAGAUCGCAGCCAAGAUCGGCGGAGACGCUGGACCCCCAAUGACCAAUAACGGUGGAGCAGAGAGCUAUCCCUUUGGAGCCCAGAAACGUUCGCUGGAAGACGCAGAUGACCAUCCAGAGAGUAAGAAGAUGGCAACUCAGAGUGACAGUGGCCUGCCAGAGUGGGCCUCGCAAGCACCUCUUGGUGCCCAGUUGGCUGCUCUUGCACAGCAGAGUGGUGUUGCACGUCCCUCCCAGAUGACUGAGGAGUACAAAGUGCCUGACGGAAUGGUUGGACUGAUCAUUGGUCGAGGCGGUGAGCAGAUUAAUAAGAUUCAGCAGGAGUCUGGCUGUAAAGUGCAGAUCGCCCCAGACAGUGGAGGCAUGCCCGACAGAAGUGUGUCCAUCACCGGAUCACCCGACUGCAUACAGAAAGCUAAGAUGCUAUUGGACGAGAUAGUGUCCAGGGGGCGUGGCACGCCGCCUACGCCCUUCCACGAGAACGGCCAGGGGGGUGGGGGCAGCGGAGGAGGAGGUGGUGGUGGUGGUGGAGGAGGAGGAGGGGGCCACUCGGGUCACAUGCAGGAGAUGAUCAUCCCCGCCGGGAAGGCCGGACUCAUCAUCGGGAAAGGAGGAGAGACCAUCAAACAGCUACAGGAGCGUGCUGGAGUCAAGAUGAUCCUGAUCCAGGAUGCGUCUCAGGGCCCGAACAUCGACAAGCCACUGCGCAUCAUCGGAGACCCCUACAAAGUGCAGCAAGCGCGUGAGAUGGUGCAGGAGAUCCUGAGGGAGAGGGACCACCCCGGCUUUGAGAACCGCGGGGAGUACGGCUCACGCGGAGGUAUGGGCGGCGGCGGAGGAGGUGGAGGCGGAGGAGGAGGCGGCAUCGAGAUCCCAGUGCCGCGUCACUCUGUGGGCGUGGUGAUUGGCCGCAGCGGAGAGAUGAUCAAGAAGAUCCAGAACGACGCCGGAGUCAGAAUACAGUUCAAGCCAGAUGAUGGUAGUGGACCAGAUAAGAUUGCCCACGUCAUGGGUCCUCCUGACCGUUGUGAACACGCCGCCAGCAUCAUCAACGACCUGCUGCAGAGCAUACGCGCCCGAGAGGAGGGCGGAGGGGGUCCCCCAGGGCCUCCUGGUGCGGGUCUUCCCCCAGGAGGAGGUCGCGGUCGUGGGCACGGCGGGCCGGGAGGCUGGGGCGGUCCCCCUGGAGGAGGCGGAGAGAUGACCUUCUCCAUCCCCGCACACAAGUGCGGACUCGUCAUCGGACGCGGAGGAGAGAACGUCAAGGCCAUUAACCAGCAGACAGGUGCGUUUGUGGAGAUCUCUCGGCAGCCGCCCCCCAACGGCGACCCCAACUUCAAGCUCUUCGUCAUCCGCGGAUCACCCCAACAGAUCGACCACGCCAAACAGCUCAUCGAGGACAAGAUCGAGGGUCCUCUGUGUCCUGUGGGCCCCGGUCCUGGAGGGCCUGGGCCUGGUGGCCCCGUUGGCCCCUACAACGCCGGCCCCUACCAGCCAGGACCCUACCAGCCUGGACCCCCUGGCGGACCGCCACAUGGGGGUCCCCCUGGAGGUCCUCAGUACGCUCCCCAGGGGUGGGGUAACGCAUACCAGCCCUGGCAACCACCCGCACCACACGACCCCAGCAAAGCGGCGGCGGACCACAGCGCGGCCUGGGCUGCCUACUACGCGCAGUACUACCAGCAGCAGCCAGGCGGGGGCGCCAUGCCGGGUCAGGGCCACCCGGGAGCCCAGCCAGCAGCCGGCCCCGGAGACCAGCAGCAGCAGCAGCCGCAGCAGGCCCAGGCAGCAGCCGGAGGCCAGCCGGACUACACCAAGGCCUGGGAAGAAUACUACAAGAAGAUGGCUCAGGCAGGUGCUCCUGCUGCGGGGGCUCCUGGGGGAGCAGCAGCUGCAGCAGGGGGUGCCGGAGCUCCAGGAGCGUCAGCAGGGGCGGCAGGUGGCCAGGCGGGCCAGCAGGACUACAGCGCGGCCUGGGCAGAGUACUACCGGCAGCAGGCCGCCUACUACGGGGGAUCCGCACCGGGACAGGGCGCCGCCGCACCACAGGGACAACAGGCACAGUGAGACUGAUCGAUCCAUCGUUGUUGUUGGAUGCUUCCUCCUCCUUCCCCCUCCUCAUCUCCUCUUCUCUCUCCCGAGCCAAACUCCUCAUCAACCCCUCCUCUGGAAUAUGGGGUCAAGACACACACGCGCACGCACACACACACACACACACACACACACACACACACACACACACACACACACCUGCAAACCAAGUACUCCUCCUCCCUCCGACCGAGCCCCAACCAGCCAGAGACGCCCCAGACCUCCCACUACGCUUGGGGCCCUGCUAUCAGUUCUUUAUUGUUUUAUUUUUCCCCAGAACGAAACUUUUUUUUUUUUUAAAUACCCCCCCUUCUUGGCGUUAUCUGUUGUCUUGCUUGCCCCAACUAAUGUGAGAGAACUGUUCAAAAGAUGACAGUCAAAAGCCGAUCACUAUUGGAAAUUUCCGUCUUUUUGGGUCCCGGAUUGUUUUAAAUCUACGUUCUUUGUGGGGUUAGGUUGGGUGUGUGCGCGCGCGCGCGCGUGUGUGUUUGGGUUAGAGGCUUGAGCCUUGUGAUCAACGAGAGUGAAAUGCAGAGGGGGGAGUGAGGGGGGAAAAAAGAGAGAGAUAAGCGGCUUUCAGAAGUUGGAGAUCAAAACAUUGGCAGCCUCCCAUCUCUUCAGAAAACGACGACGACAAAAGGGAAGCGUUACCUGGACGAACAAACAACUGAGCAACUGUGACAUUACUCCUCCUGCAUCUUCCACUCCUCUUUCUCCUCCUCCUCCUUUUCCUUGUCCUGUGGACUUCCAUACACACACACACACACACACACACACACACACACACACACACACACACACACACACACACACACACACACACACACACACACACACACACCAGUAAUAUUGCGUCCUUCCGUUUGGAUAUUCUUCAUGUUGACUGUAACACACACACACACUCAUCCUGCUGCGACCAAUGCUUAACUGCUCUUCUCGUCCUUGUACAAAACGCCUCCCUCUCUCCUCUCUCCCUCCAUCUGUCUCUCUCUCCAUCCCGCUCUCUCAUUCUCUGCAGCCAACGACUAACUUCUUCUCUUUGUACAAAACGCCCUCCUCUCCCUCCCUCCUUCCCUUAUUUUUUUACAACGUUUUUGUGAUUUUGAUUCUAUUGCUCUGUCCCGCUCGGUUUUUUUGUUUUUGUUUUUUUUCCUUCGGAUGGUUUUAGUUGUUUUAUUUCGGUUUUGAUGAUUGUUUUGGUCUCUUUAUGUUUCUAAAGAAAUGAAAUGUGUAGUUUUUAAGUUGGAACAUUCCUAAUAUUGAAAAGUACUUCACCUCCCCUCCCUCAUGUCUUUUUGAUCCCUCCCUCUCUCUCUCUCUGUCUGUCUCACUCUGUUUCUCUCUGUCUCUCUUUCUGUCUGCCUGUGGGGUGAGAGGGUACCUAGUCGGGUGGUGACUGCUUGAUCUGUUCUGUGUGUGGGUGCGUGUGCAUGCGUGAGUGUGUUUGUGCACCAUGGUAUUGGAAGGAAGUCAUGUACACUGAAACCUGCGUGUGUGUGGACAGCGUUUUCCGAUUUUGUGUGUGUGUGUGGACAGCGUUUCCGAUUGUGUGUGUUUGUGGUUCUGGACAACACUGCGAGCAGCAGUAUUUGUCUGCAAGCGGGCAGGACGGGAGACGUCCAUGAUGCGCGUUUGUGUUCCAGUGAGCCGGAGAAACAGGUUUGUGUUUGAGUGAGCAGGUGAGAGGUGUGUGUUUGUGUGUUGGUACUUACAGCAGUCCACCUGUCACCCCCACCAGCCCUCCCCCACCCCCCAUCCUCUUCCACAAAGCCAGACGAGACGUCCGAUCGUUUGCCCCACUCCGAAUCCCCAACCCCCCCGACCCCACGCUCCAUUGAGUUCCAAGAAGUCAUGUUCUAUAAAUAUAUAUAUAUUGUACGCCUGGUUUUUUACUUUUUACUGCUUGUUUUUAAAAACUUCACAAUAAAAAUAAGAUCUACAGACAUCUCAAUGGA